UGGUUCUGGGGCAAUGGUUGGGUAAACCGAAUCAGGCCGACCCGUCCGGUGUGCUACGAUUGCUUCCACAUACGGGGAGACCGUUCCAACGGGGUGGGCAACUGUAGGUGCCUCUCUGUAGUCUGAACCGUCACGGUCCCAGCAGUCCCUUGUCCCCGACAAAGAGAGGGAAGAUCUUGCUUAAGACCUCUAAGUUCUUUCUUUCUGUCCAGGAGCUCCCCCUUCGCGUCGUAGUCGGGCAGUGGGUUUGAGGAGGUUUGAUGGAGUGGGCGACGAUACAUCAUCUGGAUCUUCGCCAUGUUGGUUCUGGCCCGAAGCCCUUGCAGCCUCACGCCGCCACAUUUCACCCCAGUCAAGCGCUUGUUGCGGCCGCAAUUGGAAAUUUCAUCAUUGAGUUUGAUGCACUGACUGGAAGCAAGAUCUCUUCCAUUGAUAUUGGUUCACCUAUUGUUCGAAUGUCUUAUAGUCCUACAAGUGGCCAUGCUGUGAUUGCUAUCCUCGAGGAUUGCACAAUUCGAUCUUGUGAUUUUGACAGUGAGCAGACUUGUGUAUUGCAUUCACCUGAAAAAAGGAUGGAACAGAUAUCUUCAGAUACAGAAGUUCAUCUUGCUUUAACACCUUUCCAACCUGUUGCAUUUUUUGGUUUCUAUCGACGGAUGAGUGUAACAGUUGUUGGAACUGUUGAAGGGGUGCGACCACCGACAAAAAUAAAAACGGAUUUAAAGAAACCUAUUUUCAAUCUUGCUUGCCAUCCUCGCCUUCCUUUGUUGUAUGUAGCUUAUGCAGAUGGAUUAAUUCGAGCUUACAACAUUCAAUCAUAUGCUGUUCAAUACACACUACAACUUGAUAAUACCUUUAAUAAGCUCAUUGGGGCUGGUGCUUUUGCUUUCCAUCCAAGAUUGGAAUGGAUUUUUGUUGGUGAUAGACGUGGUUCACUUUUGGCAUGGGACGUAUCUACUGAGAGGCCUAGCAUGAUUGGAAUUAAACAUGUUGGCUCUCAACCGAUCACAUCAAUUGCUUGGAUGCCAAUAUUGCGCCUACUUGUGACUCUUUUGAAGGAUGGAACUCUUCAAGUGUGGAAAAUUCGGUUGACGACUAAUCCAAAUAGCGCUCCAACAGAAGCAAAUUUUUUUGAGCCUGCUGCAAUUGAGCCAGUUGAUAUUCCUCGUAUUCUAUCUCAACAGGGUGGAGAGGCAGUUUACCCAUUACCGAGAAUUAAAGCAUUAGAAGUUCACUCAAAGCUAAAUUUGGCAACAUUGGUGUUUGCGAAUAUGGCUGGUGGAGACAAUAGGAGAAAUAGGGCUGCAUACACUAGGGAAGGAAGGAGACAACUCUUCGCUGUUUUACAAAGUGCUCGGGGAUCUUCAGCUUCUGUGUUGAAGGAAAAGCUUUCAUCAUUGGGUUCAUCUGGAAUUUUGGCUGAUCAUCAACUUCAGGCCCAGUUGCAAGAGCAUCAUCUGAAAGGCCAAAGCCACCUUACAAUAUCUGAUAUUGCACGGAAGGCAUUUCUUUACAGUCAUUUUAUGGAAGGUCAUGCCAAAAAUGCUCCAAUUUCUCGUUUGCCUCUGAUCACUGUUGUGGAUACCAAGCAUCAUCUUAAAGAUAUUCCUGUUUGCCAGCCAUUUCAUUUGGAGCUAAAUUUCUUUAAUAAAGAGAACCGAGUCCUUCAUUAUCCUGUCAGAGCCUUUUAUGUGGAUGGCGCGAACCUAAUGGCAUACAAUCUCUGUUCUGGAGUGGAUAGUAUUUACAGGAAGCUUUAUACAUCGAUCCCAGCAUAUGUUGAGUACCAUCCCAAGUUUAUGCUUUAUAGUCAAAAGCAACACCUUUUUCUAGUUGUUUAUGAGUUCAAUGGCAUGAGAAAUGAAGUGGUGCUUUAUUGGGAGAAUACUGAUUUUCAGUCAGCUAACAGUAAAGGAAGUACAAUUAAAGGUCAAGAUGCAGCAUUUAUUGGCCCUAAUGAAAAUCAGUUUGCAAUUCUCGAUGAUGAUAAGACGGGGCUCGCUUUAUAUAUUCUACCGGGAAUAGCUUCCCAAGAAGUUGAUGAAAAGAAUGGAAUGGUUGAACAAAACCUGUCUGCAGAUUCUAGUGUUGGAUCACUACGGGGACCACUUCAAUUUAUGUUUGAAACUGAAGUUGAUCGUAUCUUCUCUACGCCACUAGAGUCAACUUUGAUGUUUGCUUCUCAUGGUUACCAAAUUGGGUUGGCAAAGCUAGUUCAAGGAUACCGUCUUUCCACUGCAGAUGGUCAUUAUAUAUCUACAAAAACUGAAGGGAAGAAAUCAAUCAAACUGAAAGUAAAUGAGAUCGUACUUCAGGUUCAUUGGCAAGAAACUCUUAGAGGUUAUGUUGCAGGAGUCUUGACUACUCAAAGGGUGCUUAUUGUUUCAGCAGAUCUAGAUAUAUUGGCUAGCAGUACCAGAAAGUUUGAUAAAGGAGUUCCUUCAUUUAGAUCCCUUUUAUGGGUUGGGCCUGCACUUCUCUUUUCUACUGCUACUGCAAUCAGUGUUCUCGGCUGGGAUGGAAGAGUUAGGACCAUACUUUCUAUUAAUAUGCCCUCGGCAGUUUUGGUAGGUGCUUUGAAUGAUCGUUUGUUGCUGGCGAGCCCCAUGGAAAUAAAUCCACGGCAGAAAAAAGGGGUUGAGAUAAAGAGCUGUCUUGUUGGGCUUCUUGAACCUCUCCUUAUUGGUUUUGCGACAAUGCAACAAAAUUUUGAGCAGAAGCUUGACUUAUCAGAAAUACUGUACCAAAUAACGUCAAGGUUUGAUAGCCUGCGAAUUACUCCAAGGUCUCUUGACAUUCUUGCUGGGGGUUCACCAGUUUGUGGAGAUCUUGCUGUAUCAUUAUCCCAAGCAGGUCCACAGUUCACUCAGGUGUUGCGGGGUAUUUAUGCCAUCAAAGCUUGCCGCUUUUCUACUGCUUUGUCCGUUUUGAAGGACGAGUUCCUGCGUUCUAGAGAUCAUCCACAAUGUCCUCCAACCUCUCUUUUGUUCCAUCGUUUUCGGAAGUUGGGAUAUGCCUGUAUCAAGUAUGGUCAAUUUGACAGUGCUAAAGAAACUUUUGAAGUUAUAGCAGACUAUGAAAGCAUGCUUGACCUGUUCAUAUGCCACCUUAAUCCCAGUGCCAUGCGGCGUCUCGCACAGAAAUUGGAGGAAGAAGGAGCUGAUUCUGAAUUAAGGCGAUAUUGUGAAAGAAUUUUGAGAGUUCGUUCAACUGGAUGGACACAAGGCAUUUUCGCCAACUUUGCAGCUGAAAGCAUGGUUCCUAAAGGACCUGAAUGGGGUGGUGGUAACUGGGAAAUCAAGACACCCAUCAACUUGAAGGAUAUACCCCAGUGGGAACUGGCUGCAGAGGUGAUGCCAUAUAUGAAGACAGAUGAUGGUACCAUACCAUCGAUUAUUACUGACCACAUUGGCGUUUACCUUGGUUCAAUUAAAGGAAGAGGCAACAUUGUAGAAGUAAGGGAGGAUAGUUUGGUUAAAGCAUUUACACCAGCUGGUGGAGAUGUCAAAGCAAAUGGACAUACGCCUCUUGUUAAAUCAAUGUCAAGUAAGUCCAAGGGAGUUCCUGGUGUUGAUACCAAGAGUGAUUCCUUGAUGGGUCUGGAGACCCUUGGCAAACAAUUUGGAGGUUCCACAGCUGCUGAUGAACAGGCAAAAGCUGAAGAAGAGUUUAAGAAGUCAUUGUAUGGUACUGCUGCUGACGGUAGCAGCAGUGACGAUGAUGGAGCAUCAAAAGCUAAAAAAAUACACAUUAGAAUACGGGACAAGCCAAUUUCUUCCACUACCGUUGAUGUCAACAAGAUUAAGGAAGCAACAAAGCAGUUUAAACUUGGUGAUGGGUUGGGCCAACCCAAUAGGACAAAGUCUUUGUCUGGUGGAUCUCAGGAUCUUGGACUGAUCUCAUCCCAACCUUCGCCUGCAAACACUGGAACUUUGUCAGCUUCCACAGUUUCUGCCCCGGCUGAUCUGUUUGGAACUGACUCAUCGACACAGCCUGCACCUGCAUCACAGGCGGCUCCUAUGGCUAUGGGUCUGGGAAUUACAGCUGGUCCUAUCCCAGAGGACUUUUUUCAGAAUACAAUACCAUCUCUCCAGGUUGCAGCCUCUCUGACUCCUCCUGGGACUUACCUUUCAAAACUAGAUCAGACGUCAAGAGUGGUUGAAAAUGACAAGCUCGCAUCUAAUCUGGUUGGUUUAUCCACAUCUGCUAUUGGUCUUCCUGAUGGUGGUGUCCCCCCUCAAUCCACGCAUCAACCUAGUAUUCCAAUUGAGUCCAUUGGACUUCCAGAUGGUGGUGUUCCACCGCAAUCUGCUGGUCAGGCUGCUGUACUGCCACAAUCUCAUGUUCAGGCAGCUCAGGUACCAGUGUCCACACAGCCUCUUGAUCUUAGUGUACUUGGAGGUCCUGGCUCUACAAAUUCAGGAACACAUCCAGCCCAUCCUACUCCUCCUGCAUCUGUUCGUCCUGGACAGGUUCCCCGUGGGGCAGCUGCUUCAGUUUGUUUCAAGACUGGGCUUGCUCACCUGGAGCAGAAUCAACUUUCAGACGCAUUGUCCUGUUUUGAUGAAGCUUUUCUAGCACUGGCCAAGGAUCAGUCUCGUGGAGCUGAUAUUAAAGCUCAAGCCACCAUCUCUGCUCAGUAUAAGAUUGCUGUUACACUUCUUCAGGAAAUUGGGCGGCUGCAGAAAGUUCUAGGUCCUAGUGCAAUCAGUGCUAAAGAUGAAAUGGCAAGAUUGUCACGCCAUCUGGGUUCAUUGCCUCUUCUAGCUAAGCACCGAAUAAACUGCAUUAGAACUGCCAUUAAGCGGAACAUGGAAGUGCAGAAUUAUGCCUAUGCUAAGCAGAUGCUUGAUCUUCUUUUGUCCAAGGCACCCCAGAGCAAGCAAGAUGAGUUGAUGAGCUUGAUUGAUAUGUGCGUUCAGAGGGGUUUGUCUAACAAGUCCAUUGAUCCAUUGGAAGAUCCCUCUCAGUUUUGUGCAGCAACUCUAAGCCGUUUGUCAACUAUUGGAUAUGAUGUUUGUGAUCUCUGUGGAGCCAAAUUCUCUGCUCUCACGACACCAGGAUGCAUUAUUUGUGGCAUGGGAAGCAUUAAAAGAUCUGAUGCACUCGCCGGGCCUGUUCCUUCACCAUUUGGCUGAGGUCAAAAUGUGUAGGACUUCCCUUUCUCUAAUCCAUCAAUUGCUCAGAACCUUUUUCUUAGGUCUGCUUCUGUUUCCACUGCCCCUGCAUACGAAAUCAAUGGAAAAUUUUCUUUGGGAAUUGUACAGUUACAAUAUUUGGAUAAAUCAAAGUUAGAGCUUUGUACAAAACUGCAAACAUGGUGGGGUUCCUAACUAUUAGAAUCAGAAUAGUUGUCGCAUCAGUGGUGCUUAGACUGUUGAUGGAUGUUGGUAAGAUGUUUUCAGGUGGUUUGGGCCUUUUUCUUCUGAAUGGUGGAUCUGCCAUCGGGUCUAAGAAUGUACAUGGAAGGAAUGGUAGAUACAGAAUUAUGAGAUGUUAGGGUUGAAGCAAGCUUUUAGGACUGGUUUUCUAUUUUUUAUUUUUUAUUUUUUGGGAGCCCCACUUCCAAUCUGUCUUAUUAUGGAUGUGUAUAACAAGUGGAGUAUAAUUUUUUCUCAAUGUAUUUCCCUAUCUUGGAGCAUUGUUAUAUUUGAAAGACAACAUCAAUUCACCUC